CCUUUCAUUAUCCGGGGGAGGGACUUCCCAGGCUGCUGCAGAUGCGAUUGAACAGGCAGUACAGGCUAACAUCCCAGUCAUAGGAGCAGCGGGAAAUGGUGGUUAUGAUUCAUGCAAUACUGUACCCGGAAGCGCACCAGAAGCUAUCGUAGUGGGCGCGGUGGAUAACCAAUUUGCAUUUCCUAGUUCAAUAUCGAAUUACGGAACAUGUAUUGACAUCUUAGCUGCCGGUGUGGAUAUCUUAGGUGCUAGCAGUUUCGGUCCAACUGCAACCACCACAAAAUCCGGAACUUCCUUCGCGACAGCUUAUGUGACGGGUGUGGUCAAUGACUAUUUAAGUGCUGUUCCAUCGGCUUCAGUAUUAACGGUGAAACAGUUUCUAUCUGGUUGGGCUACCAGAAAUGCAGUGAGCAACGUUCCUAGUGGCACGGAUAACGUUUUAUUGUAUGUUGGGUGUUUUUGGUAGUUAGUGACAAAAAAAAAAAA